UAAAUAUUUAGAAUUUUAUUAUAAUUUCAAAUAUAAAUCUAAAAAAGUUACAAAAUCGUAUUACAUUUCAGUUUUUGGAUAAUAGCCGUUUCUAGUUUCAUCUCAAUGGUCAUUCUUUGAGAAGAAACCACGAAGAAACCACCCAUCUAUACCUAACCUCAAAAGGUGUGACAACAACUGUGAUAUCAUCUGACAAGAACAACAACAAUUUAAACCGAAAAUGUCUGAAAAAGAAGAAAUUGAAAGAACCACCGACACUGUGACCGACCAAGAGCAAGAAUACGCCCAAAACACCCUAAACGAAUAUAAAAAAAACAAUUACGGUGGCGCUUUGCAAUUCAUCAACAAACUAGACACCAGAACGCACGAUUUUAAAGUCGCGCAUAACAAAGCCUUGGUGGAGUAUUGCAAGAGCGAUUUUAAAAAAACCGACGCAUUCCAGAAAAGCUUAACCUCAAUUUGCAACCAGUUCAAAAUUCGUGUGGAAAAACUCGACGAUGUGGACCAAUGUAUCGUUCACUAUAAUCAGGCGAUUUUGUUGUACCAUCAGCGACAAUACACGAACGCGAUUUAUAUUAUGGAUCGAGUGUACAAGUUCAUAGAACCGAUGGAUGACGCGCUGGCCAAACAGGUCAGUCUUUUCGCAAUCGAGCUCCAAUUGUGCGUGCGCCAGAGUGACAAAGCCAUCAGCUUGAUAAACUAUUUAGAAAACCAUUUGAUCAACGGCAACCCCAAUAUUAAAAUUCUGGACAAAAGCGUCAAAGAGAAAGACACCAAGAAAACGCAGCCGCUGGAUCCGGCGAUGGAAGAGUUCAAAAAGAAGCUCAACAGAUACAAAAUUCGGUGCUAUUUAAUGAACCACAAUUUGGACGUUGCGCAUAAAGAAAUCAGCUUGUUGUUGAAAGACAAGCAAAACGUAGAAGCUAUGUUCCUAGGGUCUAAUUUAGAAUACCUGAAAGGAAAUUUAGUAGAAGCGCAGAAACUUUUAGGCUCUGUACCUAAAAAUUGUUUGGUGUAUAAUGAAUGUGGGGAAUCUUCUGAUGUCAUGUUUUAUAAUAACAUGGGUGUUAUUCACCACGCCAUGGGCAAGCCGAAUUUAGCGUGUCAUUAUUUCCAGUUGGCUCUGAAAGAGGAUAUGGCGCUGACGAACUGUGUUAAGAAAGACGGGAAAAGCGAGGAGAAGACUUUACAUAUACUGGGUGGUUCAAAAUACCACGAACUUAUGUAUAAUUUAGGGGUUUCGUUGUUGCAUGCCAAGAGGCCGACGCAGGCUUUUGAUUGUUUGAUUAUUGCAGUCAGGAGGUACCACAGGAAUGCGCGGCUGUGGAUGAGGUUAGCUGAGUGCUGCAUAAUGACAACUAAGGAGUCCAACGAAGUCGACUUUGACAUUCAGAAAAAACAAAAAGAAAUCGUUGUAGACGUCAUAGGCUCCAAAGACAAACAAAAAGUAAUUUUGACAACGUCGCUAUCCAAAGAUAAAAAAUACAGCACGGAGAGUGAAUCGUACGCAGUUCCAGUCCCUUCCCUCGAAUUCGCCUCUCUGUGUUUACGCAAUGCUGCCACCCUUUUACCCUCUGACAACAACACGUCUCCCAUUCCCUUAUUUUUGAUACCAGGAGUCACUCCCCCUGUACCUUCUUGUACCCCAGGCCCGGCCCCUUCUUCCCCUAUGUCACCAGAAAGUAUAAUGAGUCUCAGAAACAGUAUUCUGGCAGCUAGUGCAUACGUCGCCUUGUGUCUAGGUGACUACAUUAUGGCGUUAGAACACGCCGAAAAACUUCUACAACAACCACGCUUAUCAGGAGCCCACAAGCUUCUGGGGCAUUUAUAUUGUGCUGAAGCUUUAGUUCUUCUGGAUAAAAUAUCAGAGGCUUUGGAACAUUUAAAUCCAGACAACGUCAAACACAUCAAUUUGGAGUUGCCAGGAGGUGAAGACAACGAUGAGAAGAGGAUAAAAACGUCGCCUCCGCCAAAGUGGUUUCCGCACAAUUUGGCCACAGCUCAUGCCACAAUGCAGUAUAAUAUAGCCGUUUGUAAAACCAUAAGGGGUCAGUUGGAUGAAGCUAUAGCGCUUUUAAAACAAGUGUGGCAGAUGAGUGGCAAAUGUAAAGUCCCUGGUCACAUAAUCAUGCUAGUUUUAUACAUAGAACUCAAGCUAGGUCGCCCAGAACCCGCCCGCAAUUUAAUCAAGCAAUAUUUAUUUCAAAACAGAUUAUAAUGUGUGGACAAAAAAUCAAUAUAUUUAUUUUAAUCUG